AUGAACGCCUCUACCCUCCUUCUUCCUCAAGAUUCAAGGGAAUCGUCUCCUCGCUCAAGCUCUCCUGGAUCAUCAUCCCUUGAUCUAUACUCAUUCCCAUCUUCAAGCAAUUCUCCUUCUGCUUUAAAGAGAAAACCUACAGGUAGGAAGAUAAAUUCUGAUACUGAAAUUCUUUCUCAUUUUUACACUUUUCGAGGCUCAUCAAUAGGUCAGCCCAAAAAAGAAUAUUUACGCUGCAAACUUAUCAGAGGUCACAAAAGAGCAAAUCGCCAAAUAGAGAAAAACUUAAUUCCAAUAAAAUCUUUCAAUAGUUACAAUUGCAAUAAUCCUCAAUCCAUCAAUUUAUGAAACAAACUUUCAGAAAUUUAUCACAAGUAUUUAUUCAUACUAAAAGACCUCUCAAAAACAGAAAAUACCAUAAAAAACAAAAACAAGCUAAAGGCUCCUAAAUUGGCUAAAAGCUUUAAUGCGAAUUUUUGCAUGGAAUAUUUUUAUAGGUCUGUAGGAAAAAAUACCUGACUUCCUCCCCUUCAUGAGCAAACAAAAAAUUUUGUUCGCUUACGAAUUUGGUUAAUUAUUUUUUCGAAAUUUAAAAAUCUCUAUUCAGAAAUUAAACAAAAUUAGUUAGAUAUUUCAUUAUAAUAAUUAUCACUUAUCAAAUAAUUUUUUCAUAAAAAUUUUUUGUUCACCACGGAGGGUGAAUUUUACCCAAAAUAUAGUAAUUUUUCGAAUGGUUUUGUUCGCUCACAGAGGAGGGGUGGAGUGAGAUAUUUUAUCCAUAUUUUAGUUUUACUGUUAGAUUAUUUCUGAAAAAAUAUGGGAAUUUAUUUUCAGUAAUUUUUAAAAACAGGUCUUCAUGUUUUUUGUGGGUCGACGAUUUUUAUAAAAGUGAAGUAAGGGAGUCUUUUUAUUAUUAUGUAGAAUAUUUAUUUAGCGACUUCGAGCCAGAAGCUUUGUGUAAAAAAUUUAAUUUUAACUGCUGCAAAGGAAAAAAACAUAAAGAAAUGUGUUAUGAAAAAUGGGAAAGAGUAAAGCAAUAUAUAAAUAGCGAUAUGAUAUCAGAGCUAAAACUAGACCCUUGGUUUCCAAAUUCCGAAAAAAAUACCGAAGAGCCAAGAUUUGAAGAAAUUGAAAAAAAAAGUCCUGAGCUAUAUUUGGAUUUCAGCCAACCUUCGUGGAUAAGAAAAAUCUACGUCCAACAAAUCGAGUUUGUGAAUCCAAAUGAAAUAUUUAGCAUGAAUAUCAUAAAAAAUAUGAAGAUUUAA